GCUCAGAGCUUUCUCAAAGUGCAUCGUCCACUUUGCCUCGCUCGCCUCCCCUCUCGCCAUGAACGUCCUCGUAUACACGGGCCCUGAAACGCUGCAGGGCUCGGUUUCGCUCUCGAUCACCUCACUGCGCUCGGCGCUGUACCCGAACUACACUGUUCAGCCCGUCACGCUCCAGUCGCUGACAUCGCACCCGUGGGCGGCGUCCUGUGCACUCCUCGUGUUCCCCGCAUGCCGCGACCACCUCGCGCUGCCGUCCGCCGUACAGGCGUCCAUCAGGUCCUACGUGGAGAACGGGGGCGCGUUCUUGGGUCUACGAACUGCCGCGAAAUGCGGCGGGAUGCUCCUCGGGUCGGGGGACUACACCCUGCGCUUCCAGAGCAAGGCAGGGCCCACGGUCUACUGUAGUUUCGUGACCGGCGAUGAAGACCAGGCGCGGAAGCUUGGCAUCGUCGUUGAACACGGCACGACAGUGAGCAGCGUUCUUGCAGGUGCCGUCGCGGAGUUCGAGGGUAUCGAGAGCUGUCACAGUGCACGGGUCGUUGCGCGGAACGCGGAAGACCACGCGGUCGUGGCUGCUGAAGUUGAAGUGGGGACCGGGAAGAUCGCGUUGUGGGGUGUGCAGCUCGAGGUUCCUAUCGUUGCAGAAGAUGGCGCGUCGGAGGUGCGCGUCGCGGAAGAACGGCGGAGGGACGUCCUCAACAAGACACUCGCAUCGCUUGGGCUCCAGCUCCCGAUGCCUCCAGGGUCGCAGCCUACCCACUCAUUGCCGCAGUUCCUUGUGGCUUCGCCAUCCCGGCCGGACGUCGUGGCCCGCAUUCUGGAGAGCCUCGCCGUGAAGCCGCCGGCGACGUUGAAAGACACGAACGACACCUUUGCAUUCCACGAUGCAGCGGAGGCGGAGACGUUGCUGCAACAGUAUCGCACAGCCGUACCUCCGGACGAGACACGGCACGUCAUCGCAUUCGAGAACGGUGCGCUGCCCCCGACCGUGUUCACCCCCCUCUUCAACGUACAGCAGUUCUUCGAAGACCUCAAAACGGCUCGUGGUAAGGCUCAUCUAGCUACCUCUGAGCCAUGGGGAAUCGGCGAGGCGCUGUUUUAUGGCGAGGUUGUGACAAGCACUCAAACGUUGCUUGAUAAAAACUAUCAAUUCUUGUCGUCUCUGUCUUCCCCAAUCGUCUCCCUCGCCACGCAUCAAAUCGCAGGUCGGGGCCGGGGAGGCAACUCCUGGGUCUCUCCGCUGGGCUGCCUCCAGUUUUCGCUCCGGCUGCGGGUACCCGCCUCUCAGUUCCCCAUGUCGAAGCUGGUGUUCGUGCAGUACCUCGUCGCGCUAGCGGUCGUAGAUGCCUCGCGCGACAGCGGCGUGCUCGGACAGCUGGGAGACAAGGUCAGGAUCAAGUGGCCAAACGACGUCUACAUCGUGGGCGACGGCGGCGAGCAGAAGCCGGUGAAGGUGUCGGGGAAUAUCGUGUACACGACCUCGGACGGAGACCAUGUCGACAUCGUAAUAGGCUGUGGAAUCAACGUCCUGAAUCCACCUCCCAUACCCUCGCUGGCUAGUAUCCUCUCUCUUGGUGCAGAAAGGCCGACGAUGGAGCGGACCGCAGCUGUUGUUGUCACGAAAUUCGAGUCGCUCUGGAGUACCUUCAUCUCAAACCGCGGAUCUUUUGAGCCCUUCAUGGACAGGUACCUUGACAGCUGGCUACACUCCGACCAAGUGGUGACGCUCACCGCCACUACGCCUCAUCAGCGAGUACGCAUCAUGGGUAUAACCAGUGACUACGGCUUGCUGCGUACCAUUCCUGAGGGCGGAGGAUACGGUGCAUCGCAAGACUUCAUCGACCUCCAGCCGGACGGGAACUCGUUCGACUUGAUGUCGGGGAUGAUCAUGACCAGAGCUAAGUGAGCUGUGGAGAGUUAAAUUGUAUACAUAUAAUGCUUGUUUAUGUAAAAUGCCA